AUGCUCGCAACCCACACGGCCAAAGCGGAGAGCGAGCGCACCGCCACCUCCCGCGACAUGACUACUACGCCACUGGUCACGGGCGACAUGACUCUGCUGUCUUUGCCGAAUGAUCUGCUCGCGCGGCUGCUUGCGUCGCUGCCUCACUCGGAGGAUCUCGCUCGCUGUUCGUGUGUGAGCACUACGUUCGCGCAACUCACGCUGAUGGCACUGCGAGACCGGGCCGGAGGUGCUGCAGGCAAUUUCGGGAUCCAGGCUCUUUUGUGGGAGGAGCGUCGCCAACGAUUUGGAAGGCAUCGCUGCGCGGUCGCUGCUGCGUGGUACCACUGCGUUUUUGUAUCCAAUGGGCAGCUCCGUUUGUCGGGCCAGCAGUCGCUCGGGGGCCCUGAAGACGAGGAGCCACCCUAUUGUAUCUUGGGUCAAGGGUCGGAGGCAAAGUUCGGCUUGCCUCGGCAAAUCGACCUCGGAGCAGUGUCCAUCCGCUGCGUCGCGGCCGCACACUCGCACACUCUGGCCGUAUCGGCAAACGGCGAGGUGUACGCCUGGGGCGAGCCCAGCCAUGGCAGGUUGGGAAUGGGUGAAGUCGACGGCGAUUGGGUCAUUGAGCCGCGCAAGGUGGAGGCCCUCUCCAAUGUAGCCCUGGUAUCGGCGUGUGAGGGCACCAGCCUCGCCUUGACCAACGAUGGCGUCCUCUAUUCAUGGGGAGAUGCCGGGUUUGGGCAGCUCGGGCUCUCCGAGCAGGCUGUUCAGCAGGCACCAGGCUAUGUUGACGCGGACCCCUUUCGCUUUGUCUCGGUCCCACAGCGCGUGUCAGCGUUGGACGAGCACAGAAUCGUCGGCGCGGCUAUGGCCCCUUGCACGGCCGCGGCGUGGACUACGAGCGGCGCUUGUUUCGUGUGGGGCCUGCCCGAGAAUCGGGAGCUGCCUGGGAUUUCAGCUUCGGCGGGCGUACAACAUUUGCCUGCACCGAUAAAGGGGCUACCACCUGGUGUCUCGGAUUUGCAACGGCCAGACGCAGUUACGCCCUUCCUUGCUAAGAUCGAUUUGCCUGGCAUCUGUGCCAUAUCGAGUUGUCCUCCGAGUGGAGAAAUUCUGCUCUCGGAGACGGGCGACGCGUACUUUGUUCGAUACUGGCCUGGUUAUGGUUCAGAGUCAGCUCCCAGCCUUCCCUUCCUCGACGCUCGGCUCGACCUGUAUGUUGGGCUCGGAGAGAUCAUAUGUGAGCCUCUCAAGCUUGAUGGAGUGAAUCGAGCGCGAGCCGCCGCGUGCAGCGAGAUCGGCCUCUUCACCAUCGCAUGCCAAGAUGACACUUUUUAUUCCUUUGGAGCCGACAAUGUGGGAUGCCUCGCCGCGCUGGGGCAGGGCAUCGAGGAAGGCCCUCCUGGCGACAACGACAACCCUCUCCUCACUUUUGGCCAAGUCUUGCCCGCAUGA